AUGAGAUCCUCCACCAUUGUUGGCGCCGUUAUGAUGGCCGCUCCUAGCAUGCAAGCCACCGGCCCCACCGGUAACAUCACCGAUGCCGAUAUCCUCAACUUCGCGUUGACCCUUGAGCACCUCGAGGCCGCGUUCUACUCCCAAGGUCUUGCCAAAUACGACCAGAAGGCGUUCAGCAACGCUGGUUUCAGUGACGAAAUCCGACGAAAGAUCCAGGUCAUCUCCGAUGAUGAGACUUCUCACGUCAACUUUUUGACCUCUGCCUUGACUGCUGCUGGUGCCACCCCGGUGCAAGCUUGCAACUACACCUUCCCCCACACUGACCCCAAGUCCUUCAUGGCUGUCUCCCAGAUUCUUGAGGGUGUUGGUGUCUCUGCCUACCUCGGUGCCGCUGGUUCCAUCCAAAACCCAGCUUACCUUACCGCUGCGGCCACCAUCUUGACUGUGGAGGCCCGUCACAACGCCUAUGUUAGACUCGCCAACGGAGAAUCCCCAUUCCCCACCGCGUUUGACACCCCAGUCGACCCUCGAGCCAUCGUCACUUUGGCCAGCCCGUUCUUCGCCGCUUGCCCCAACGGCUCUGCCCCCGCUUUCCAAGGCUUCCCAGCCUUGAACGUCACCGGAAAGCUUACCCAAGGGUCCUCGUUGACUGUUGCUUCGGCUAACGUCACCGGUGCUACUAACUGCGCCUUCUUGAGCGGUUUGAACACCACCUUCUCCUCGUUCGCCGAUGGAAAGUGUCAAGUGCCAAGUGACGGCAAAGUUGGUGGUGGUCAGGUUUACAUCCUCUUGACCAGUGGCCAAAACGUCACCGAUUACUCAACCAUUGCUGGCCCUGCCAUUGUUGAGAUGGACACCCCUGGAACCACCAACAACACCCACACCUUAGCCAGUGCCGGUGCCUCUAAGGACAGCAGUGCUACCACCGUCAUGGCCGGUAGCGUCGCCAUCUUCGGUUCAGCCAUUGCCGGGUUAUUCUCUAUCUUAGUUUGAGCCAUUACUCUGAUUGUCGGCGGUCCAUCCUUUAUCUUUCUUCCCUCUUCUUGACGUCGCUUCUUUAAC